CAGCAACACAACAGGCGCUGCGGCUAAUGACAGUAGCUAACCCACUGACUGCACAUACUGGAGCUAACCUAAGAGUGUUUCAGUGGGAAUGACUGAAUCGCAUUUUCACGGGCUAAUCUCUCUAUCGGAAAAGAUAUCCAGGAAUACAGUUAUCUUUACAUCUGAGAGCGAGCUGCCGACAGUGUGUGUGUGGUUGAAGGUAUGAACUCUCUGGUUGGCUACGGAGUGUCCUCUGAUUCCGACAGUGACGGGGAUGUAAACAAGGGCAGAGCUGGCUCUGUUAAGGAGGUGUCCGAUGGGGCAGCGGCUGCCAGAAAGAGCCGCAACUUUUUGCUGGAGUCUGGUUCUGCUUCCAGUGAUUCAGAAAGCGAAUCAGAGCCAGGGGACGAGGAUCCAGAGCCUGUAGUACCACCACCAACACGUCCACACUCCUCGGCAUCGUCUGCAGCCUCUCAUCCCGUCCUACCAGCUCCUUCCCUGGGAUCUAAACUCCCCUCCCCUCCUCUGGUCGCCUCCUCUGACAGCAGUGUCUUUGCAAACCCUUUCAAGGCUCAGGCAGAGCAGAAACUCAGCGCGUUACAGAAACACGUCCCCCUCACAAUGCAGGCCAAACCCUCCCAGAUAGGCGGCAAACGGAUGUGCGUGUCAUACAGGAAAGAUGGGAGGUGUAGGUUUGGGAUUAAAUGCAAGUUUGCCCACGACAGUGACUUGCAGACCCCAGUUAUUCCCGGUCCCUGUCAUCCCCCUGAGAGCGAAGAAACAUCAGCGCCAGCUAAAGCCGGAGGCAGCUCCUCUGGAGGAGGAUCGCAGAACCUCAGACAAGACACAAAGGAAGAGGAGUCGGAAGGGCAGCAAAUGAAGAAGAGGAGGGUUGGACUUAGCAACACCUUGAUUCCUCCUAAAAGAGCUAUGAAGCAGUAUGCUAUUCUGAGGGACAGAGAGCGGCUCCAUAUGUCCUGAUGGAUGUUUUUUAUUAGUUACGACGCUACUACUACAGCUGUGUUGUUAGUACUGAGGUGAAAUAUGUUCUCUGAGUACAUGUAGAUUUUUGUACAUUAUAGAAUCAACUAAAAUUGCUGCAUUUGUCAGGCGCUGUGGCCUAAAGCUACUCACAAAGCUACUACUUUUAUUUCCAACCUACAUGCAGAGAGGAAAUUGUGGGUCAACAUGCGGACACAAGGACCAGUCGUUCUACGUUCACGGUCGACUCAAACAAUGAAUGAAUGCGCUUUGGUUAAAUGUUAAGACAUUUAUUUACAUCUUAUAAAUGGACAGUUUGUGUUUCCUCUAGCACACGUGAGUGAUCAACAUAUUAUAAGGUUUCUACAUAUCUCUGCUUAUCAAAUAAAAUACACUUCGAAGAUUA